AAGGCGGCGUAACGCGGUUACGUCAGACGUCUGCGCCACGUCCACCUUCUGACAUUUCAAUGACAGCUUACUCAUUUUUCAGCGUUUGUUUGAUAAAACAGGUAGUUAAACCAUAAACUGACUACCAUGCAAAUAGCCGUACGUACAGCUUUAAUCGGCUCUAAUGUUGUCGGUCCAGCAAUGAUUCGCCAGUGUUUAAAAUGUAGAGUGUCCUUGCAGCUGAGCUCACGUGCUUACAGUGUGAUCCCGCCCCCACGCGACAGUGAGGAGAAGGAGAUGUUGGACCGAAUCCUGCGCGUGGACCAUGCGGGUGAAUAUGGGGCCAACCGCAUCUACGCAGGCCAGAUGGCGGUGUUGGGUCGGUCUAGGACUGGACCUCUCAUCCAGGAAAUGUGGGAUCAAGAAAAGAAACACCUUGAGAAAUUUAAUGAGAUUCUGUCUGAGAACAGAGUUCGUCCCACAGCACUGUUACCCCUCUGGAAUAUCGCUGGGUUUGCUUUAGGUGCGUCCACCGCACUGCUGGGAAAAGAGGGGGCCAUGGCCUGCACUGUGGCGGUGGAGGAGAGUAUUUCAGAGCACUACAACAGCCAGAUAAGAGCCUUGAUGGAGAAGGACCCAGAGAGAUACACUGAACUAUUACAAGUUAUAAAGGAAUUCAGAGAUGAUGAGAUGGACCAUCAUGAUACUGGUUUGGAGCAUGAUGCUGAAAAAGUGCCUGGAUACUGGCUGCUAAAAAAUGCAAUACAGCUAGGCUGCAAAGCUGCAAUAUGUCUUUCUGAACGUCUCUAACACUGUAUUUAGAAUAAUUAAAUUUUUUCCACCAA